CAGCAACCUCCAUGGCGCCGUCGACCAUCCAUUGCGCUUCCCUCUUUUCCCAUGUGAAGGCGAGUGUAGAUAUAAAUCCCAGGGUUCUCCUCCGUGAAGAUAUGAGCCCAACCUGGUAGUUGUCGCUCUCCACAGGUCCCGGACCUCCUGCCGAGUCUUCUUGUCCUACCGAAGCUUCUCACAGCUCAGCACCAUGAAGACAACCCUUUCCGCGGCCUUUCUCGCCGCCUCUCUGGCACUGCUCGGCCAGGUGGCCGCCAUCCCGGCGCCAACCCCUGUCCCGGAGCCGACCCUCGUGCUCGAGGAGCGCGCCGUCAAGACGACGGUGUCGCUGUCGCCCUCGGCGUCGGUGGUCGGCACCUCGGACUCGCGCGUCGACACCUUCCGCGGCAUGCCGUACGCGCUCCCGCCCACGGGCCCGCUGCGCCUCAAGCCGCCCGUCCGGCUCAACUCGUCGGGCACCUUCGACGCCACGCGCAUCGAGGCCGCUUGUCCGCAGAUGCUCCUCUCCACCAGCGGGAACAGUCUGCUCCUCAGCGUCUUGGGCUCGGUCGCGAACUUGCCCUUCUUCCAGACCGUGACUAACCAGAAGGAGGACUGCUUGACCAUCAAUGUCUUCCGCCCGGCUGGCACCAAGGCUGGUGACAAGUUGCCGGUGUUGUUCUGGAUCUUUGGGGGUGGUUUCGAGCUCGGUUGGUCGUCGAUGUACGACGGUUCGGGCCUUGUGUCCAACGCCGUCGGCAUGGGCAAGCCGUUCGUAUUUGUCGCGGUCAACUACCGCGUCGGGGGCUUCGGCUUCCUACCCGGCAAGGAGAUCCUCAAGGACGGAUCGGCCAACCUCGGCCUCCUGGACCAGCGCAUGGGCCUCGAGUGGGUGUCCGACAACAUCGCGGCCUUUGGCGGCGACCCGGACAAGGUCACCAUCUGGGGCGAGUCGGCGGGGGCCAUCUCCGUCUUUGACCAGAUGGCCCUGUACGACGGCAACAACAAGUACAACGGCAGGCCGCUGUUCCGGGGCGCCAUCAUGAACUCGGGCAGCAUCGUCCCCGCGGACCCGGUCGACUGCCCCAAGGGCCAGAUCGUGUACGACGCGGUGGUCAGCAAGGCCGGCUGCGCGUCUGCGGCGGACACGCUCGAGUGCCUGCGCGGCAAGGACUACACGACGUACCUCAACGCGGCCAACUCGGUGCCGGGGAUCCUCUCGUACAGCUCUGUGGCGCUGUCGUACCUCCCUCGGCCCGACGGCAGGGCCCUGACGGCGAGCCCGGACGAGCUCGUGCUCUCGGGCCGGUACGCGGCGGUGCCCAUGAUCAUCGGCGACCAGGAGGACGAGGGCACGCUGUUCAGCCUGUUCCAGCCCAACGUGACGACGACGUCGGCGCUCGUCGACUACCUCGGCGGGCUCUUCUUCCACGGGGCGACGCGCGCGCAGAUGUCGGAGCUGGUGGGCACGUACAGCUCGUCCAUGACGGCGGGCAGCCCGUUCCGCACCAGCAUCUUCAACGAGGUGUACCCGGGCUUCAAGCGCAACGCCGCCAUCCUGGGCGACCUCGUCUUCACGCUGACGCGCCGCGCCUUCCUGGACCUGUCGUCGGCCCUGCGCCCGGACGUGCCGGCCUGGUCGUACCUCGCGUCCUACGACUACGGCACCCCCGUCCUGGGUACCUUCCACGCCAGCGACCUGCUGCAGGUCUUCUACGGCGUCCUGCCCAACUACGCCAGCAGGAGCAUCCAGUCGUACUACUUCAACUUUGUCUACAACCUCGACCCCAACGACGCGUCCGGCGGGGCCGGCAAGGGCAGCAGCAAGGUCGCCAUGCAGUGGCCCAAGUGGGCCGGGGCGAAGAAGCUGAUGCAGUUCUUCAACAACAAGGGGGCUCUGCUGGAUGAUAACUUUAGGAGUGCCAGCUAUGACUGGAUCCUGGGGCAUGUCGGGUAUCUGCAUGUUUAGGUGGUUUUAUUGGGAUUUACUGCACACAGGGCCGUUGCUGGUCUGUUACUGGGUCUGGAUUGUAUAUACGUACAGUUUGGCCGAUUGUGACGAGUUAUGAAUCACGAAGUAUCCCCAAGGGAGUCGGGGAUCCAGGCAGUGGGAAAGGUCAAAAACAAAGAUUCUGAGGAAUUCAGACAGGUCUUUUGAUUUAAUGACCAACGAUAGGCGAAUUUCCCAGUGUUUGUAGAACGCUCUAAAAUUUCUGUUUCAGCCGAGAAAUUCCCACGACGUAGCAGCAUGGGGCAUCAGUCGAGAGAUCGCAAACCACCGUCCCCGCCAACAUCAAAGCGCCGUGACCUCCCCGACGAUCCCAUUGACACCCCCCGAACCACCAUUAACGCAACCGCCGUUACCGCCCCCAUCACCAACGAGAACGCUCC